GCUCGUUGUAGCGUGUUUCAAGUGCAAGGUGCCUAUCCAGGGCAAACAACAAUGUUGGAUAAAUAGUGAACGCCGGAAUGACGGGGACACUAUUUCGCGCGAUGUGGCUGCUCGCGGUGGCUUUCGUCCUGGCUUUUGUGGGUGUCCUUGCCCAGAAGGAUCCACACUAUGUCGGCGACAGGACGACCAUGGUGCACUUAUUCGAAUGGAAAUAUCCAGACAUUGCCAGGGAAUGCGAGGAGUACCUAGGACCCGCGGGUUUCGGAGGUGUUCAGGUGUCUCCUAUCAACGAGAACUUGGUGAUGACUGGUAGACCAUGGUUUGAGCGAUACCAGCCAAUUUCUUACAAGUUCGAAACCAGAUCAGGGGACGAGAAGUCCUUCCGUGAAAUGGUUGCUAGAUGCAAUAAAGCCGGUGUCAGGAUCUACGUGGACGCCGUUUUCAAUCACAUGUCAGCAGAUGCAUCCCCAGCUGUAGGGACAGGAGGAUCCAAGGCAGAUCCCCAGAAUUUGGACUAUCCAGCUGUUCCGUACGAGAGAAAUGAUUUCCACCCCAGUUGUGCGAUAUCCAACUACCAAAACGCAACCAACGUCAGGGAUUGCGAGCUCUCAGGAUUGCAUGAUCUCGAUCAGAGCAAGGAAGACGUUCGUCAGAGGAUAGUCGAGUUCCUGAACCGAGCUGUGGAUGCUGGUGUUGCUGGUUUCCGGGUGGACGCAGCAAAGCACAUGUGGCCGCAGGACCUCCAGGUGAUCUACGGAAGGAUCAGGAACCUCAGCCAGGACCACGGAUUCCCAGCAGACUCUCGUCCUUACAUCUACCAAGAAGUGAUCGAUCUUGGGAACGAGGCUGUGAAAAAGUCAGAGUAUUAUUUCGCGACCGUAAUUGACUUCCUGUAUGGGAUGAUCCUAGGUGAGAUGUUCCAUGGAAAGGAGCCUUUAAGGAACCUGGAGAACUGGGGUCCAGAUAGAAGUCUGGUGCCUUCUGACUCUGCUCUGGUUAUGAUAGACAACCAUGAUAACCAACGAGGACAUGGGGCCGGAGGUAGCGACAUCCUGACCUACAAGGUCCCGAAACAGUACAAGAUGGCUGUGGCAUUCAUGUUGGCCCACCCUGAUGGACAUCCGCGGGUGAUGAGCUCCUUCGCCUUCGACGACCCCAGCAUCGGUCCUCCAGCUGAUGCCGAUGACAACAUUAUCUCCCCGAAUCCUCCAUCAGCAGGUGCCUGCGGAAAUGGAUGGGUAUGCGAGCAUCGGUGGCGACAAAUCCGCGGAAUGGUGGGAUUCCGCAAUGCCGUUGGAAAUCAGCCGCUCCAGAAAUUCUGGACCAACGGGAAGAACCAGAUCGCGUUUUCUCGUGGAUCCAAAGGCUUCAUUGCUAUCAACGCUGAGGAUGCGGAUCUCAGAGAGAGCCUGGGAACUGGCCUGCCUGCUGGUCGGUACUGCGACGUGAUUUCAGGGGAGCUGAAAGACGGCAAAUGCACCGGAAAAAUCGUUGAUGUCGACGACCAGGGUCGAGCAGGAAUCGUGAUCCUCAAGGACGAGGAAGACGGCGUCGUCGCCGUUCAUGGAAAUGCCAAGCUAUGACUCUCUGCGUCCGUUAACAUUAUCUACAAUCCAUUGAACCAGCACCUAGAGUAGAUGGCCCCUGUUUGCGAGGGGCGACAAUUGCUUCCUCUUGUACUAUCUUGACAAUAAACGUGCGUUCUUAUCGUAUCGCUAAA